UGCCUAUCUUUAUCCCCUAAGUACAGUAUAGCGAGCAUCACCGAUAUUCACACGUGCCUGGUAUACCCAGCACUUCUUUUACUCCCCUCACCAGUCUUAGCCCCAGGUGGACCAUCCGCCGUCAUCAACAAGACGUGUUCAGCACCCAAACCGCCCCCUCACAGCCCCCUUUUUUUCCUCACAACCCCCUGCACCCGGUUACAAUGGAUAUCAACCAGAGUAAUUUCUGGAGCAGUCUCCCGAUGGUGCUCAAGGCUAUCUCGGAGGCCACAUAUGUCGCCUUUGACCUUGAGAUGACGGGGAUCAAAUCCAAGUUGGCUACAAAUUCUUUGACGCCGACGAUAGAUGAAGUCUACCACCAGGCCAAAGACAGCGCUGAAAGAUAUCAGAUCCUCCAGAUUGGACUGACCUGCAUCCGCCACGACAAUGAGACACAAGCAUAUACCACCCAAUCCUUCAACUUCUCAAUCACGCCCAUGUUUGCUGGGAAUGACAGUUCGGAGAUCUUGCUGGCAAAGGUCCUUGACCGAACGGUCUCCUUCUCAUACCGCUCGAUGCUGUUCCUCAAAUCCCACGGCUUCCAGCUUGAGCAGGCCUUCAAGGAUGGUGUCUACUACCUCAGUAGACAUGAGGUUGCUGAACUGAACGACACUCUCCUCCAGAAUGGUGGCGGUCAGCAAUCAGCUGACCAGGUGGACAUCGUCACCCAGGACCAAGAGACCAGGAAAUUCUACGGCUCAGCAAGAAGUAGUAUCUUGUCUUGGCUGGGUCAGCCCGAAAGAGGGCAUUUUGUCAACAUCUCCAAUCCACACGGUGGCAGACUGAACCGCCUCCAGACCAGACUCAUUUUCCAGCUGGUCCAGACCGAAUUCCCGGCCUGUAAGGCCUAUCCCAAAUGCAGCAACCUGUUCAUGCAGGUUGUGAUGCUAGAUGCAGAGCGGGAGGAGAAGCACUGGAAAAAGGAGGUGGAGGAGCGAAAGGCUGCAGUAGCCAGACAAAGCGGUGAUUUUUAUACUCAUAUAUCAUCCACAGGUUUCAGGUUGGUGAUAGAAGCACUUGUGGGCGGGGACUUUGCCAAGAGUAUCGACCCCCAGUGGCUCGUCACUGGAAAGGACAAGGCCAGUCUUGCCAAUGUGGCCUCCAAGUUAGCACAAGAUCUGAAACAAUAUGAGGCAACGUUGAAGGCACAGCCCCCUAUCCUAGUCGGACACAACCAGUUAUUCGACCUUUGCUUCAUAUUCCAGACCUUCAUUGGUCCUCUACCAGCGACAGUAGAUGCAUUCAGGUGCGAGAUACACGCCCUGUUCCCUCGCAUUGCCGAUACCAAGCACCUCGGCUCUCGAGAUGAUCACGCUAUGGUAGGGGAUGAGAAUCUGGAGGAGCUUUUUGGAUCGGUGCGAGACCAGUACACUCCAGUGCUCAUACACGAGGCUGGGUUUGGAUAUGAUAGGGUCUGCACCCAUCAGGCGGGAUAUGACAGUUGGAUGACAUCAGUUCUAUUUGUCAAGCUGUCCUGGAAAUUAGCCCAGGACCCGACAAACCUGGCUCCCCGAGAGGCGAUCGCGGUCGCGGCCGCGACUCCCACGACAGGCCGCCGCCGCCGCCGCCUCCCCGAUGACGACGACAACGAAGAGGAGGAAGAGGAGCCCCGCCGCGGGUUGGCCCGAGCUGGGGGUGAUGACUGGGUCCUCCCCGCCUGGGACACGGCCUUCUGGGGCAGGUUCGGAAAUAAGCUCCGGGUGGGCGGCUCGGGGGUUCUGGACCUGUCCGGGGCCAAGCUGCUUUGAUAGGGAAAGGAAAAGGGAGAUAUUGGUGUUACUGGCAGAGUGGACGCAAUAUUCGUGCGUUUGGAAGCAUCGUAAUGAUUAGGAUUUGUUUCGAGUAGUAACCCCUGGUCCUGGUUUACGCAGAUUCAGAAAGGGAGGUGGGAAAAGCAAUAGAAUCGAACGGGUCAGACUUGAGCUACCUAGAAUGGUAAACAAUGUCGCACAUGACGUUGCACUGAGGCACUGAGAGUGACACGCGGCCUCUUCUAUAUGCUUGCUUGGGUCCCGAUAC